GAUGAAUGAUGAUUAUAAAAACCUGACGGAACUGAUUUGGUGAUCGCCGGCGAAACAAGCAAUAAGACAACUGAAAUGGAAAGGGGAGGAAAAGAAGCUCAACAAUACGUGUGGGACGGUGCAAUUCCCCUGCAAAUUCAUCUUCACGACUCCGAAGUCACCACUCUACCGCCGCCGGCACCUGCUCUGAUUUUAGCUCCUCGAAUAGGGUACCUACCUCUGUUAUCUCCACAACUCAAGCCAUUCUUCAGUGGUGCACUUCCUCCUGGAGUAGACACCGUCUGGUUUGAUUACAAAGGAUUGCCCCUUAAAUGGUAUAUACCAACAGGGGUCCUUUUUGAUCUUCUUUGUGCUGAGCCUGAAAGACCUUGGAAUUUGACGGUACAUUUUAGAGGAUACCCAGGAAAUGUCUUGAUUCCUUGUGAUGGGGAAGAUAGUGUGAAAUGGAGCUAUAUUAAUUCAUUAAAAGAGGCCGCGUAUAUAAUUCAUGGGAGCAGCAAGAAUGUUAUGAACAUGUCUCAACCUGAUCAGAUUGACUUGUGGCGCUCUGUUAUGAAUGGUAAACUGGAGACCUACAACCGCAUUUCAUCCAAGCUUAAACUUGGAAUAGUUCGAGACGACUUUUCUGCAAAACUGAAUCCAUCUUCUUCGAAAAUUCAACACAGUGUUGACGAGACAGAGGCAACUGCAGCACCGAAAGCAAGUAGAAUUCCUGUUCGUUUGUAUAUCUGCAAUGUUGAUGAAGAUUUUGACGAUUUCGAAGAAGAAUUGCAUUUUGAUAGCUGGGACCAGAUCUCAUACAUAAACCGGCCCGUUGAGAUUAAUGGAGAAGGAAAGUAUUUCACUUUGCUUGAUGCAGUAAAAUCAAUUCUGCCAGAAUUUUAUCCCAAUUCCUCGAACACCAUCAAAGCAGAAUUCAAGAACGAGCCAGGAAUUGAAGCAGAAGAGGAAAGCAAAACAGGAAUCAUUGAGGGAACAUCAAUAGAAAGUGUAGAAUCCCAAUCUCUAUCAGGUCAACCCGUGAUCAAACUUGUCCGUAUCCAAGGCAUCGAACCCAAAUCAGAAAUUCCAUUUUCUUGGGUGGUCAAAAACUUGAUGAACCCGGAUUACUUCCUUCAUAUCUGUCUUUACAUCAAGGCUCCCAAACCACUUGAUUCAUGACCAGGGUACGUUCGUGGUGUUCAGUGGUUGGAAAUCAUACGUCAAACUGUACAGCAUAGUAAAAAUGUUGGAUCGAGUAAUUCUUUCCUCCUCUUAACACAUGUGGUAAAAAAAUAACUUCAUUCUCCUUGGGAAGUAGUUAGAAUUCAUAUUCACUGAUUUAGUAGUAGUGGUUUGAUUCAUAUGAAAUGCUGCUUACUUCAAUUAUGGUGGUGAAAAUGUAAUGAAUGCAGGUAAAAACAUGGAGAGAAUGGGAACCCAAGUUGAUUUG